GGACGGAGGGACGCCCCAGUCCCCGUCCGUGACUCGGUGAGUCGAUUCGCGGCCACCCGGGCGCAGAGGCGGCUUCCAGCUCCAGCCUUGUAAACCUGCCUCCCCGGCGAGCGCCUGGAGAAGAGCGGUGGGCCGUGGUGUCACCGAGGCCGAAAGGGCUGAUUGAGUUCGGCUGCUUGUCGGGCCGAGAGCCAGUGACAGACAAACAAUAGUGCCGAGAAGAAGGAUUUUACUUACGGCCGGGAGGACGGGUGAACAGCGUAGGGAUGUCAGCCCGACUCCCCGCUUGACUCAAGUUUAGGGUUUUUAAAUGGAAAAAAAAGAAUGCAGCAGGAACCCGGCCAUGCUGAACGAGGCCAGAGGGAGUGGUGGCCUCAACCCCUGCUCGGAGGACAGCAGCAGUGGCAGUGAGGGCUCCAAAAAUAGUUCGAGAUGUUCCACACCGGGCCUGGACCCCGAGCGGCACGAGAAGCUCCGGGACAAGAUAAGGCGGAGGAUGGAAUCUGGUGACAAGUGGUUCUCUCUGGAAUUCUUCCCUCCUCGAACUGCUGAGGGAGCUGUCAAUCUUAUCUCAAGGUUUGACCGGAUGGCAGCAGGUGGCCCCCUCUUCAUAGAUGUAACCUGGCACCCAGCAGGGGACCCUGGCUCAGACAAGGAAACCUCUUCCAUGAUGAUCGCCAGCACCGCUGUGAACUACUGUGGCCUCGAAACCAUCCUGCACAUGACUUGCUGCCGCCAGCGCCGGGAAGAGAUCACGGGCCACCUGCAAAAAGCCAAGCAGCUGGGCCUGAAAAAUAUCUUGGCGCUGAGGGGAGACCCCAUAGGUGACCUGUGGGAAGAGGAGGAAGGAGGCUUCAGUUAUGCGGUGGACUUGGUGAAGCACAUCCGAAGUGAGUUUGGUGACUACUUUGACAUCUGUGUGGCAGGUUAUCCCGAAGGCCACCCCGAUGCAGGGAGCCUUGAGGCCGACCUGAAGCACUUGAAGGAGAAGGUGUCUGCAGGAGCCGACUUUAUCAUCACCCAGCUUUUCUUUCAGGCUGACACCUUCUUCCGCUUUGUUAAGGCUUGCACCGAGAUAGGCAUCACCUGCCCCAUCCUCCCCGGGAUCUUUCCUAUUCAGGGCUUCCACUCCCUUCGGCAGCUUGUGAAGCUGUCCAAGUUGGAGGUGCCGCAGGAGAUCAAGGAUGUAAUUGAGCCAAUCAAAGACAAUGAUGCUGCCAUCCGCAACUAUGGCAUCGAGCUGGCCGUGAGCCUGUGCCAGGAGCUUCUGGCCAGUGGCUUGGUGCCAGGCCUGCAUUUCUACACCCUUAACCGCGAGAUGGCCACCACAGAGGUGCUGAAGCGCCUGGGCAUGUGGACCGAGGACCCCAGGCGUCCCCUGCCCUGGGCUGUCAGUGCCCACCCCAAGCGCCGGGAAGAAGAUGUACGUCCCAUCUUCUGGGCAUCCAGACCAAAGAGUUACAUCUACCGCACCCAGGAAUGGGAUGAGUUCCCCAAUGGCCGCUGGGGCAAUUCCGCCUCUCCAGCCUUUGGGGAGCUAAAGAACUACUACCUCUUCUACCUGAAAAGCAAGUCCUCCAAGGAGGAGUUGCUGAAGAUGUGGGGGGAGGCGCUCACCAGUGAAGAAAGUGUCUUUGAAGUUUUUGCCCACUACCUCUCAGGAGAGCCAAACCAGAACGGCUACAAAGUGACCUGCCUGCCCUGGAACGACGAGCCCUUGGCGGCUGAGACCAGCCUGAUGAAGGAGGAGCUGCUGCGUGUGAACCGGCAGGGCAUCCUCACCAUCAACUCCCAGCCCAGCAUCAAUGGGAAGCCGUCCUCCGACCCCAUCGUGGGCUGGGGCCCCAGCGGGGGCUAUGUCUUCCAGAAGGCCUACCUGGAGUUCUUCACUUCCCGAGAGACGGUGGAAGCGCUGCUGCAGGUGCUGCAGAAGUAUGAGCCGCGGGUCAAUUACCACAUCGUCGAUGUGAAGGGUGAAAACAUCACCAAUGCCCCUGAGCUGCAGCCCAACGCCGUGACGUGGGGCAUCUUCCCCGGGCGAGAGAUCAUCCAGCCAACAGUGGUGGAUCCUGUCAGCUUCAUGUUCUGGAAGGACGAGGCCUUCGCCCUGUGGAUUGAGCAGUGGGGCAAGCUGUACGAGGAGGAGUCCCCGUCUCGCACGAUCAUUCAGUACAUCCACGACAACUACUUCUUGGUCAACCUGGUGGACAAUGACUUCCCACUGGACAACUGCUUGUGGCAGGUGGUAGAAGACACAUUCGAGCUUCUUAACAAGCCCACCCAGAAUGAGGAGGAGAUGGAGGCUCCACGACCUGCGUCCUGACGUCCUCAGCUGGGGCCACUCCUGUCCUGCCUUCCUCCUCCCCAGUCCUGGUUCUCCCAGGAGCCCUACUCUCCUUCGUUUCCCUCCAAGCCCUGGUCCCACUCCCUGGCAUGCCGGUGGGUGAGGCUUCCAGGCUCCGGCUGGACCUGAGUCACCCCACACGGGAGCCUAGUGCUGCCCACUCUGGCCAGGAAUUUGUGCUGUUCUGGUGGGAGCACCUCCAUCCUGCAGAUGACCACAGGGGGUGGGGGUGGCACACCACCCUCCCUGCGAAGGGGAGGAGACUAGUUGUUGCCACUUGAGCCCUCACAUCAGGGCAGCCUCUAGGAGACAGUCAGAGACUCCCAGUGAACACAUACUUGGGACCUACAUAGGACGGGCAAAGCAAACACAGGUAAUGGGUACUUGUGGCAUUAUAGAAGAGACAUGGCAAGAUUUUUUUCUUUUUUGCACCCUUCCACCUCCUAGACGUUGGCAGCUGGACCCUACCUACUUGUGAUUGAAGGGGCAAACCACUGUCCUGCCUACCUACUUGGCUGGCCACAGCACCAGGCCCCAGGCCCCUGGAUGGGGCAGGGAUUUCUUGUCACAUUCUACCUGAGAGUUCACCUGGGCUUUUCACCUUUCUGCAAUGCUGCUUUUUGAAACAGUUGUUUCAAGAUUCUGAUGGCUUGAGAGGAAAAGUGUCCCUUGAGGGUUAAAGGCAGUCUGAACCCUU